UUUGUAAUAUCAAACAUCGUCUUAGUAGUUGCAUUGAUCAUUUCUCUCGGAGUGAAUCUGUUCCUUUGGCGUGCUCUGCGAGAUUCCAAAACAAGUAACAAGCAUUCUGUCAGAGAAUUACAAGAGACGGAGCACGAAAAUGAAGGUUUUUAUAAAUUUUAAUUGAAAUUUUUAGUUGAAAACUAAGUUUACGGCGGUUUCCAUUGUUCCUUUUCAUGUGCAAUUUUGAUUAGAUUCUAACCAUUUUCAAACUUAGGCAAUGCAGAAGUCCCGUUUUCUCCAAUUGAGUCAAGUUAUAUGGAGCUGCGUCCUACUCAAAUGCAGCAAACAACAAUCAAUUCAGAAUAUGGAUCUCUUAUGAAGAACCCAGAUAGAGACGCUGAUGAUGGCAAAACGAAACACGACUAUGUUAAUGCUUCCUUCCACUUGCACCCUGAACCGUGUGGAAACAAAGAAUAUGAGAAUAUAUAA